CAUCCCACUCACCCUCAUCCAGCUUAUUCCAGUCAUCUUAUUCAUCUUAGUUAUCCAAGCCAACUGAGGCAUUCCACUCAUUUUAGUCAUCCAAUUUACCCUAGUCACUCCUGUCAUCCCAGUGACUCUAGUCAGAUUUCGCGUUAGAUCGUGAAAUCUCAAAUGGUGAUUUCAAAAUCUAAAUCUGGAUUUCCCACUCGAAUGCAGCCCUAGUCUUACCUGUCAUCCCUGUCAUCCUACAAUCAUGGACAAAAGUCUUGGGACACUUUCGCAUUUCUGGGGUGUUUUCCAAUUCACACUGGUCUAAUUCCUCCCCUCACCCCACAAACAAAGUUGGAUGUGCAAAUUUUUUCAGAGUUUCAACUUUGUAUAGGGUGGGGGGGGGGGAACUGCAAGAAAACUUCAUAAAGGAUGCACUGUUUUUUGAGGGAACUCAGACAAAAAAUAUGAAUAUUGCAUUACUGUCCCAAGGACUUUUGUCCAUGAUUGUAGUUAUCCCAGUCAACUCAGUCAUCCUACUCAUCCUAGUCCUCUUUGCAUCCCAGUCAACAGUCAUCCCAAUCAUCCUAGGUAUCCCUAUUAUUUUAGUCAUUGUAGUUAUCCUACCCACCCUAGCUAGUCAUCCUAGUCAACAAAGUCACCACUGUUGAGUCUGUUACCCUAGACAUCUCAGUCAACCCACUCAUCCUUGUCAUCUCAGUCUCUGUAGUUAUUAUAGUUAUCCCAGUCAUCUCAGUCAGUCCAUUCAUCCCAGCCACCCUAGUCAUCCCAGUCAUCCUAAUCAACUCUGUCAUCCUGGUGCCCCUAGUCAUCCCAGUCGUCCCAGUCAUCCCAGUCACCCCGUUCAUCCUAGUCACCCCAGUUAUUCUACUUUUCCUUUUCAUCACAAUCAUCCCUGUCACCCCUGUUAUCACACUAAAUCAAGUCAGCCUAUUCAUUCUAGUCAUGCUAGUUGUCCUAGUCAUGCCAGUCAUCCCAAUCAUCCAAGUCAUAUCAUUAAUAGUCAUCCUAAUCAUGCAAGUCAUUCCAGUCAUCCAAAGCAUCCCAGUCAUCCCAACCAUCCAACUCAUCUAAUCAAUAGUCAUCCUAUUCAUCUUAAUCAAGCAAGUCAUCCCAGUCAUCCAAGUCAACUUAUUUUUGCGGAUCGCUGGAAAAAUCGCAAAAAAAAUGCAAAAAUUAGAACCUGCAAAAAUUUUGUGCCACACAGUAGUCAUCCUUUCUAUCCUAUUCAUCCCAGUCAUACCAGACACCCUUGUCAUCUCAGUUAUCUCAUCAUCCUAGUCAUCACAGUCAUCUCAGUCACCUAGCUAAGUCAUUCUUAUCAUCCAAGUCACUCCUGUCAUCCCUGUCACCUCAGUUAUCCCAGUCAACUCAGUCCUUCUAGUCACCCCAGUAAUCCUAGUCUUCCCAGUCUUCCCAGUCAUCCCAGCCAUCCCAGUCACUCCAGUCAUCCCAGUCACCCCAGUCAACCUCAUAGUUCGCAUGCACCUUGAAAGUCCUUGAAAGUAGUCCUUGAAUUUCAGUGCUUACUUUAUCCAACCCAGAUUCUCAAGUGAGCAAACACAGAGAGACCUUUCGGAUAAAAAUUAAAAUUGCAGUCAUGUUGUGGAAGAACUAAAAAAGACAUAUGCUCAAGGCUAUGAUUGGAGUCCUUGAAGAAUGAGAAAUUUGUCCUUGAAUAGUCCUUAAAAAGUCCUUGAAUUUUUUUUUUAUCAAAACAGGAUACGAACCCUGCAACCAAGUCAUCCUGGUCGUUCUAGUCAUCCGUGUCUUCCCAGUGACUCCCUGUCAUAAUCAUCCCAGUCAUCCUGGUUAUCUCAGCAACCCUAGUCAUCCUAGUGUCACACUCAUUCCAGUUACCCUAGUCAUCUUAGUCACCCUAGUUAUCCCAGUCAUCCUAGUCAUCCUAGUCAUCCCCGUCGUACCAGACACCCUAGUCAUCUCAGUUAUCUCAUCGCUGUAG